GCGUGCUACAGCUGGUCCGGACACGGCUUCAAGAUUGAGCUAAGGACCAGGAACUCUUUACCUCUUCUCCAAUGCCAGCAAGGAUGUAAGGCUGACUAGUAACGAUUUGACUGAUUACUGACGGCUUCUCUUGUUUGAUUGUCUUCUUUUGUUACGCAUAUCGCGAAAACCCGCAUCCUUGAUGAGUACUUGACUAUUUUUUACAGUGAUCAAGUUUGUGCAAUCACAAACCAGCAGAGUCAUAUCCUGUCAGAACAGCAAAGGGGAAUGGAUUUCAUCUGCUUGCUGGGAAGCGUGGAAGGCGUUUAAGAACAUUUGUACUUACUUACUUUGUACUUUGCGGUCCCCGACCAGUAAUGCAACCAUCGCC